CCACCACCACCCUACCUACCUACCGUCUCCUCCAUUGGACUAGCUCCUCUCUCCCAAUUCCACUCCUCGCUUCUCGCGCAAUUCUUGCGGGUUUGUGUUUUUUUUUUCUUCUUCUUCUUUUGGUUUCUUGAUCGAUGGACAGCGACUACGUUGCCGGCCUUCUCAUGAGCGCCGCCGCCGCGGGGCUCGACCUCGGUGUGCUCGACGGCGGCGGUGGCGCUUUCUUGGAGACGCUGUGCGGCGGGCCCGGCUUCGCGGAGCGGGCGGCGAGGUUGUGCGGCGGCGGAGCUGGGCUCUUCGGGCUGCCUGCGGUGGGGAACGCCGAGCGCGGCGGCUGCUCGAGGGAAGGCUCGUCGGUGUCCGACCCUGCGUGGGCGCACGCCACCGGCGGCGGCGGCGACAAUGCCAGGAAGAGGAAAGCUCCGGCGAGCGCCGCCGCCGGGAAGGACAAGGACGCCGUCGUGGGCGGCGGCAGCAGCCCGUGCGAGGUUGGAGAGGCGAAGGCGCCGGACUCCAAGAAAUGCAAAGCGGAGGUGAAUCCCAAGGUGGAAGAAGCCGCCAGCGAUGGCUCGGUGGGAGACAGAGUGCAGAAGCAAGGAAAGGGGAAGAACUCAUCCAAGCCGGCCGCCGAGCCGCCCAAGGACUACGUCCAUGUCCGGGCACGGCGAGGUCAGGCCACUGACAGCCACAGCCUUGCAGAGAGGGUUAGAAGAGAGAAGAUUAGCCAGCGGAUGAAAGUGCUUCAGGACCUGGUGCCUGGAUGCAACAAGGUGGUUGGCAAGGCACUCAUGCUUGAUGAGAUCAUAAACUACGUGCAAUCGUUGCAGCAGCAGGUCGAGUUCCUGUCCAUGAAGCUCGCGACCGUGAAUCCGCAGCUCGACUUUGGCAACCUAUCUACACUCUUACAGAAAGAUAUGUUCCAAUCUUGUGGCCCUUCGGUGAAUUCCGUAUUUCCUUUGGAAAGUGCCGGUACAGCUUUUCCAUUUUGUGACCAAGCAGAUUUUUUCCAGUCAUUUGGUCUGGGAGCCAUGGAAAACCAAUGUAGCCUAGAUCUGGCAAACACAGCUCUACCCCACACAGGGAGCACACAGUAUGCUUUUCAGAAGCAGCAAAGGGAUCUCUGGGAGGAUAAUACUUUCCAGUAUAACGACGAACAAAGCCAGGAGGAUGCGGUUUCUGCACCGAAUUUCGAUGGUCAGUUGCAAGCAGCAGAUCACACAGAGAUCGAGUUCUAGAUGAUCAAUGAUAACAGCCAAUGAUUUUUGUACAUAGAAAGCAUGAAACCAGUUGCAAAGUGAAGCUCCUAAGCUAACUGUUCUUCGAAAUUUAGGCCCGAGGGAACUGAUUCAUUUUUCAUAUGCUGGAUGUACGGCUACUUGAUUCUUCUCAUAUUUGUGAGACAAAUAUGAUCUACAAAAUAGUAGGUUAUGUACUAGAUAUGGUGCAAAUAUUACAAGCACCAUCUCUCUUCCAGUAUGUACGAGCCGGCUGGUAAUAGCCUGGUAUUGCCAUGAUACAGUGUACUGUUGAUUUUGUCUUGAAAUGAAAAGGUAUGUGCUAUUUCAACAUGUCA